CUUUCGCCCAGCUGUCGGAACCUAGAUUUCUACGUAUUUGCUGAUUUCUGCAACCGAAUAACACAUAUUUGUGCUGAUAAUGGGGUCUCUUCGCUCUUGGUGAGGUCAUUUUACUUCUGUGAUUGAUCAAUUGCGUCUCUUAUUUUACUGCCAUUUUGGAUGAGAUUUUCUUGCUGCAUACCAUUUCCACACGCCACUUGCAUCACUGCAUAGAUUUUUUUUCCUCCCAAAUCAUACCAUGGCCUCGCCGGCGACGAUAACGGAAAACCCUCCGGCGCCCCCCGCCGCCUGCGCCGCAACAGUGGAAGAAAUCACGAGAAUCUACAAGUCGCUGCCGCCGAUCAGGCCUUCCAUCGAGGAGGUCGAGGCGGCCAACUCCGUGCUCCGCACCGUCGAGACCGAGCAAAGCCUCGAGCUCGAUGAAAUAUCCGGGAUGCAGCCGCCGCCGGACGUGCCGCCGGAGUUGUUCUCCGUGCUCCAGGAGGUCAGGAGGGCCGCGGUCUCCUUGAAGGGCCACGAGCAGCGGAAGGAGGCGGCGCAGGUGGUGGAGCUCGACCGGAUUUUUCAGGUGUUUGACCGGCUGAUUCAGAGGGCUUCGUCGCUGGUCUCCGGUGAGAAAGUGAUGGAUUCCGAUGGGAUUGAUGGGGACGGUGAAGAAGAGGCUGCGGCCUGUGAGGAUGAUAGGGUUGUGGAUUCUGCUAAACAGGAGGACAUCAAGAGUGUUGUUGAUGGUGUGAAGGGUUUUGCUUCUUCUAAAUUUACUGCUUCAUCUUCAGGAGAAAUAGAAUCAGAAAAAUUAGAUCUGUUACAAGUGGCUGCAGUAAUCGAAAACUCUUUCAAAACAAAGGUAAGAAUCUUAGAUCUUCAAGGGAAACUGCUGGACAAGGUCGAAUGGCUUCCUUUAUCCUUAGGAAAGCUAUCGACUUUAACCGAAUUAAAUCUAGCUCAAAACAGGAUCAUGGCCCUUCCAAACUCCAUAGCCAGCCUCGAGACCUUAACGAAGCUUGAUGUUCGUGGGAACCAGCUCAUAAACCUUCCGAGUUCAUUUGGCGAGCUGGAGAAUUUAACCGAACUGAAUCUUUCAGCUAAUCUACUCAAAUCACUGCCCGAGUCUUUUGAAAAUUUAGUGAAAGUGAUUAAUCUCGAUUUAAGUUCAAACAAGUUCUCGAGCCUGCCCAGUACAGUUGGGAGUUUAAUUUCUCUACAGAGGCUGAAUGUGGACACGAAUGAUCUCGAAGAACUUCCUCACGCUAUUGGCUCGUGUUUAUCUCUUGUGGAGUUGAGAUUAGAUUUCAAUCGACUCAAAGCUCUUCCGGAAUCAAUAGGAAAUCUCGAACAACUCGAGAUUCUGUCUUUGCACUAUAACCGGGUAAAAAGGCUUCCAUUGACAAUGGGGAAUCUUUCGAAUUUGAGGGAACUUGAUGUUAGCUUCAAUGAACUAGAGAGUUUGCCCGAAACUCUUUGCCUUGAUGUGAGCCUGAAGAAACUGAACUUAGGGAAAAAUUUUGCAGACUUGAGGAUGCUUCCGGAAUCUCUUGGGAAUCUUGAGAUGCUCGAGGAGCUCGACAUUAGUGACAACCAAAUAAGGGUUUUGCCCGAUUCAUUCAGAUUUUUGUCGAAUUUGAAAAAUUUCCGAGCUGACCGGGCUCCUCUGGGAGUGCCACCUAGGCACAUUACAAAAUUGGGUGCACAGGCUGUUGUACAGUACAUGGCUGAUUUUGUUUCUGGGAGGGAUUUAGAGAACCAGAGGAUAAAGAAGAAGAGAGGGCUGUGUUCUUAUAUAUGCCCAUUGCUCUGUUUCGGCGUUGGGAAUGAAUAAUUCUUCACCUGUAAGUAUAUAUUUUUGUCUGUGAGCAUGUAUAUGUCUGGAUUUCUAAGGAUGCUUAAAUUUCCACUGUAGAUGAUUAAUGCAUAUAAUUCAAGCAUCUUCAAAUACUUUUAAUUUGUGUGAGUUGUCAAGCACGACUUUGUUGUUUUGCUUCCUUGUUGUACAAACAAUGCGUUUGAAUAAUGAGAUGUAAAUUGUUUUUCUUUUGUUCGUUGUGAAUUGAAGAGUUGUUGGGAAAAACCAUAUUAGAAAACUGUAUAUGAAACCUAAACAUUACGUGAACUGAACGAAGAAGCAUAUAAACGGCACAAACAGUAGCCUAACUAUGAGUGAUGAGGCCCAACUUAUGUAAAUACAAUCAAAUGUAGCCCCUUUUUUAUCAAUAAAAUGUAAAGAGUAUAUGUUUGUCAGUAUUUUGUAUUUCAUUUUUCUCUUCAGGCUCUACCAUGUUAACGAGGGAAC